AUGGGUUGCCUCCCAGUUCUUAUAUCCCUGGACCUCAGUAAAAGUAUUAUGGAAGGGUCUCUUUCUGCAAUGCUCAUUUGCCAACCAUUCUACUUCAAGGUGAAAGCUAGCUACUGGGAUGGAGACUACAGCUCUGUGAUUGAAGAAAAUAAAAUUGAGAUAGAAACUGAAAAUCCUAGUUGGGUUCCCUUGUUUCAAUUAAAGGUCCUGGUACUGUCCAACAAUUGUCUUAACAAGUUCGCUGGCACCAUUCCUGAGUUUCUCUUUUACCAGCUUGAAUUGGAAUUUCUUGAUAUCUCUCAUAAUAGAUUGCAUGGAAGCUUUCCCUUUUGGUUGCUUGAAAACAAUACUGGUCUACAACGGCUGCAUCUUCAGAAUAAUUAUUUUGAGGGUCAAUUUCAUUUGCCACCGUAUCAGUACAAGAAUCUUUCUGGGUUGGAUGUAUCAAACAAUCUCUUGGAAGGGAAACUUCAACAAAAUAUUGGAAAGAUGAUCCCACACUUGGAAUUUCUAAAUUUAUCUCAUAACCAUAUUGAAGGUAUAAUGGAUCUUUCCAGGAACAGUUUUUCUGGAACAAUACCUUAUUGCUUGCACAAUAUGACCUUUGGGAAAAUAGAUAAUUUUUAUGGUUCAUACUAUAGUUUGGACACGGAUCUCACUUUUGUUUUGUUUCGUACAACUGGCUCAUAUAAAUGUCUCCUAAAUUGUGACUUUGAAAUAUACCAACCCAAAGAGAUAAAUACUCACAUUGGGACUGAGUUUGUGAUGAAAUAUAGGUCUUACUUUUACAAGGGUGGCAUCCUUGACAUCGUGUAUGGAUUGGAUUUGUCAUCCAACAAACUAACAGGUCAAAUUCCACCAGAGCUUGGACAGUUAUCUCAAAUUCUUGUACUAAACUUGUCCUACAAUCAGUUGACAGGCUUCAUUCCAAAAUCAUUUUCAAAUUUGACACAAUUGGAGAGCUUAGACCUUUCUCACAAUAAUUUGAGUGGAGAAAUUCCUUCAACCUUGAUUGAUUUGCACUUUUUGGAAGUUUUCAAUGUGGCUCACAACAAUUUAGUCAGCAAACUUCCAGACAGGAGCGGACAAUUUGGAACAUUUGAAAACAACAGCUAUGAAGGAAAUCCCUUUCUUUGUGGUCCACCGCUAGCGAAAAGCUGCAGAGGAUAG